AUGGAGUCGGGAUCGAUUGAUUCUUGGAAAUCGAUCCUAAGCCUCAAACGCCCCGAACUUGGCAUGGCUUUAUCCCCAUUCCUCAGGCGCUCGAGCUUGCUGUCGGAACUCCAUGGCGGUAAGCUAAAGCGAAGGACCUCUAUGAAUGCGAAUGCGGUGAGCUUGAUGAUUGCGCUACUGGGAGAUUGGAAUACGUAA